CCAUAAAAAUCGAUCACCUGUUCCACGAAACGGCGCCGGUGCGGACUUUGUUGUUUUCUUCUUCGAGUUUUUCGCUCUAGAAAGUGACCUGAGACCUACGUCCAGCGCGAACAAUUCGCUUUUAAUUUUGAUAAAAUCUCGGCUUCUUAAACUUGCAAGUCUUAAAAAAUGUCCUGGUCAAUGACACUUGAUGUCUGGGCCGGAGACUGGGGGCUUCCGUCGAUCGAUCUUGACUGCCUCAGGGUCAUGACUUAUGCCAGGUUUUGUGGCGCCCCCGUGACGCAUAGAGUGGUGCGUACCCCGUAUUUUUCACCCAGCGGGAAACUACCAGUUUUUAGACACGGACCAAACAAUGUCUUGACCGAUUUUGAUGAAAUUGUGUCUUACUUGCACGCAAAGAAUUUUGGCACUGAUCUCAGUAAAGCACAGAGUUGUGAAACAGUAUCCUAUUCAGCAUACCUUGAGGAAAAGUUAUUGCCUGCUCUGCUGCACACAUGGUGGCUGGAUGAGAAAAAUUGUCUCGAGCUGUCCCGUCCUUGGUACGCUAAAACCCUCCGACUGCCGUUCAACUUCUUCUACCCAGGGCAGUACCAACACAAUGCCAAAUUGAGAAUAGAUACCUGCUACAUUGGAACACCUAAUGAGAUUGAAACACAGAUUUUCAACGAUGCAGAGCAGUGUUUGAACAAUCUCUCGCAGAAACUUGGGGACAGUCAAUAUUUUGGUGGCACCCGUCCUUUCUCACUAGACGCAACAGUUUUUGCCUACCUAGCCCCUUUACUCAGGGCACCCUUUCCAUCAAAUCGACUGCAGAACCACCUGAAAAACAGCAAAGUGCUAGUCGAGUUCUGCAAGAGAAUCAGCCAGAAUUACUUUGAAAACUCAUUCAUCAAAUUUGAUUCGGAUAAGAAAAAAACUGAAGCAACAAGUAAAGAAACGGAAGAAGACUUUCCAAAUCAAAAACGGAACUGGCUAGUUGCUUCCAUAUUUGCUACUGCUGCCAUGACUGGGUAUCUGUUUAGCCAAGGAAUGCUUCAGAUUUCUCUUCAGCCCCAGAAAAGUUCUGCCAAAAGAGAGCUAGAUGAGACCUUAGAGGACAUGUACCUGAAUCAAGAAACCUGAGCUUCACCUUUGGCAUUCCUGUUCGGCCUAGUCUUUUGUUUAGUUACCUCACUAAUAAUAAGACAGCAAUUUCUAAAAA